UAGCCGGCCUCUGUUUUAAGUAACCUUGGCAUUCAAAACAGCAAACAUCGGCGUGAGUGUCCAGCGAGAAGACCACAAGAGCGUGCUAAUGGUGAAAGAAGACAGCCGUCAUGACGCACACGGAGGAGGAUGGCGUCAUUGAGUUGUUGUCCAUGGUGGUGGACGAUGUCAACGAGGCGGUCAGCAGAAACGUCAUUGGCGCUCAUCUCCUUCAUGAACUCCUGAGCACUCAGUGGCUACAUGCCCUGCUGCAGAUUUACGAGUGCCUGUUGACGUUCAAAAGACUCUGGCCCCGCCCUUUCCUGUCUCACGCCUCAGCACUCUCACGCGAGGUCCAGGGCGUCCUGCAUACGGUCCAGACUCCUUCUGUGGAGGCCACAGAGCUUCAGAUCCUCCUGAGCUCUCCGCACAUGAAGGCCCUGUUGUCAUGUCACGACGCCGUGGCUCAAGCCGACUUUGGACCCGUCCUGGCGCCACUACCUGACGGGUUGCCUGUAGAUGAGGAGGUCGUGAGGAUUGUUUGUCUGGCAAAAAAUGAACAACCUCUGGGGGCCACCAUAAGGAAGGACAAGGAGACAGGAGAGAUCUUUAUCGCCAGGGUGAUUCGUGGAGGACUUGCAGACCGCAGCGGUCUCCUCCAUCCUGGAGAUCUUCUGGUGGAGGUGGACGGAAAGCCAGUGGUGGGGUUGGAACCAGAGCAGGUCAUCCAGAUUCUGAUGAGGUCUGAGGGCACCAUCUUGUUCAAAGUAGUUCCAAACACUUCCCAGCUGAGCAGCAUCAACAAACCAGUCUACAUGAGGGCCAUGGUGGACUACUGCCCUCUGCAGGACCCGUCCAUACCAUGCCCGGAUGUGGGAGUUUUCUUCAGUAAGGGGGAAGUGCUGGAGGUCUUGGACCAGACAGAUGGACAGUGGUGGCAGGCCCGGAAGAUCACCAGCUCCACCUCCUUUCCCGGAUUGAUUCCAUCAGCUGCCACGUUGAAGAGUAAGCAGAAGGAGCAGAGGGAUCAUAACGAGUGUAAAGAUGACAAGGACGAGGGUGGCGUCGGAGGCAGCAGCGCAGUCACCGUAACUGAUAAAGAGGAGGAGCCUCAAGAAAAAUGCACUUCAGAUCAGGAAGAAACACAUUUUGAGUCAGAACCGUCAGACUUUACUGAUGGACUCUACCUCGCGGGCUUCCGGCGUAGUUUCUGUCUGUUGAGGAGGUCGCUGUCCAAGAGGAGGCGUCGGUCCAGCACAAGCAUCACCGCCUACUGCGCCAACGUGGCCACACCCUACGAGGAAGUGGUCCUCUACCGACGACCCCUAGGGGAUCACCACCGGCUCAUCAUACUCGUGGGCGCGUCAGGUGUAGGCAUCAACGAGCUAAGAAAGACCCUCAUCAAACUCAACCCGGACACGUAUGAAGGACCCAUACCACACACCACCCGACCAAUCAGAGCGUGGGAGCAGACAGGCAGAGAGUACCACUUUGUCAACAAAGAGCUCUUUGAAUACAUGGCGUGCAACCACAGGUUUGUACAAUACGGCGAGUUCAAGGGCCACAACUACGGGACCAGUAUCGACGCCAUCAAUGAGGUCAUCAAACGGGGACAUGUGUGCAUUAUUGACAUCGAACCACAUAACAUUCCUCCUUUGAGGACCAGGAAGUACAAACCGUAUGUGAUCUUCAUCAAAGCUCCCAGCUUGGAGAAACUCGCACAAACUCGAGGGAACGCCAGAAUGAUUUGCAGUUACCUGCACAGCAGAUACAUCACUAAACUGGACCUUGUGGACCUGUCAGAGUCGUCUCGGCAGAUGGAGGACAAGUACAAACAUUUGUUUGACGAGGAGCUAGUCAACGAGCAGCUAAGCGACACCUGUGCUAAGCUACACGCCGCGGUCCAGCGAGCGCAGGAAGACGCAAACUGGAUACCCGUCAGUUGGACCCAGCGCUGGAGUAGCUGAAUGCUAAAUAUGAACUAGCCUCACAGGAAGCAAUAGCAAGUAUAUACGCCAAGUGCUAAUUUCCAGUACACUGUUAGCAUUGAUGCGCAGCGAGCACCACCUGCAGGCUGUGUGCACAUGCAGGUAUGCUAACAAAGUAUGAAGCUCCAUCCAUCCAUCCAUUUUCCACCUCUUAUCCGGGGUCGGGUCACGGGGGCAGCAGCUUUAGGAGGGAAGCCCAGACUUCCCUCUCCCCAGCCACUUCUUCGAGCUCUUCCUGGCGGAUCCCGAGGCGUUCCCAUGCCAGCUGGGUGACAUAGUCUCUCUGAUCAAAGCCAUCAUUUUGUUGUCUUCUUCUAGAAACUGACUGACUUACCCUCCGUAUUUAGCUAACUAGCUACAGACACUGCAGUCUGUUUACCUACCUAGUUUGCUACCAACCUAACAACUGACCAAACUACUUUUCCCACCUAAAUAUAUUCUUUUUCUACUUAUACAACUAUCUAGCUUACUACUGACCAACCCAACUAUCUAGCAACCAACCUGUUGCCAUUCCUGUUUAACUAGCUAACACCUACCAAUGUAUUCAACCCACUUUGCUACACCAUCUAGUUACUAAACAAUUUAGCUCUCUAGCGACUGGCCUACCUGUACAUAUCUAAAAUCAACGCCUUACUCUCCCUCUCUGCUAAUGUAUCAUUUGGAGCUAAUUAGCACUAACAGGAUUUACGACUGUAGCCUUUUUGUCAGCAAAUGUUAUGAGCCAAAGUAUUGGAUUUCCGUGAAAAAUACUUUUACCUGUACUAAUGUUGCUCUUCUGUGACCCAAUAUACAGUAAUAGAAGACUUGACAAAA